AUUUAUUUGAGUUUAUUUGUUAUAUGCUUGAGUUGUUGUGAAAUUUGAUACUAAGUAUUGUUGAAAUGUCAGGCUCAAAUAGGAAAAUCGGAAUUGUGGGCAGUGGCCUUAUUGGACGUUCCUGGGCCAUGUUAUUUGCUGGAGUAGGAUAUCAAGUACACAUCUAUGACAUUCUUCCAGAACAAAUUGAAAACGCUUUGGUAGAUAUCAAACAACAAUUGAUUAGCUUAGAAAAAGAAGGCUUAUUAAGGGGCACCUUAAAUUCAUGUGAACAAUAUGCUUGCAUUAAAGGAACAACAAAUCUGGCCGAAGCUGUGAAAGACGCAGUUUUAGUACAAGAAUGCAUCCCAGAAAAUUUGGAGCUUAAACGUAAAGUUUGGAAAAAUGUUGACGAUGUCGCCACUCCGAACACCAUUUUGUCAAGUUCUACAUCGACAUUUUUACCAUCUACAUUCAGUGAUCACUUGAAAAACAAGAAAAAUAUCAUUGUGUCUCAUCCAGUAAACCCACCUUAUUAUGUACCAUUGAUUGAAAUUAUCCCAGCCCCAUGGACCGAUCUGGCAGUACAAAAGAAAACCAGAGCUAUCAUGGAAGAAAUUGGUCAAACUCCAGUAAACCUAACCAAAGAAGUACCCGGCUUUGCUGUAAACAGAUUACAGUACGCUUUGAUCAAUGAGUGCUGGAACCUGGUAACAGAGGGCGUUUUGGACGUCAAGGACAUCGAUAAAGUAAUGUCCGACGGUUUGGGUAUGAGAUACGCCUUCCUUGGCAUUUUGGAAACCACCCAUUUGAACGCUGAAGGUUUCAAAAAGUACUGCGAUUCGUACGCUAAAACUAUUCACGCCGUAAGCCUAGAUUUAAAACCUGUCCCCAAAUUGGAAGGGCCAAAGGUGGAAGAAGUUGCAAAGCAACUAGAAAAUUUGGUUCCUUUGGACAGAUUACAAGAAAGAAGAAACUGGAGGGAUUUGUGUCUCACUAAAUUGAGCCAGCUGAAAAAACAAAUGGACAAAAAGUGGAAAUGAGUUAUAUGUUAAAAUAUAGAUUAUAACCGAUUAUAUAUAACUCAAUAAAUUGUUUUUUUUGUUGGUAAAU